AUGAUUGCAUUGGCUAUAUCGGUUUCUUUCACUAUCUUGGUCGUUGCUAACAUCGAAGGCGUGUCCAUAUCUUAUCAAAUUCCUUUGACUCUAAUGAUAUUCUAUAUAUCUGAAAGCACUACUGCUCGACGAGCCGUUAAGGUUGAAAUAACCCUAGAGCCGAGUCCUACUUUCGCAGGAAAAAAAGAAGCGUGGAUGGCCGUACCAUGUCUUCGCUAA